AUGUAUCCAGCCUUCUUCACUGUGAAAUUGAAGUUAAGGCCACCAGUUCUCGAAGCUGGAAAAGAGGAUGUAAGUGCUCUUUCCCCGAACUUGGUAGCAUUAGGUUCCGAUGCUGGAGCAGGAGCAGACGCCAGUGUACUCACCUCCUCACUAUCACUCAAUGCCUCACUCAGCAGACUCAAAAUCCAAAUCCUCGUCGUCCGCUUCACCCUCAGAAUCGAUAUAACUCGUAACCCUGUAUCUAGCUCUCUUAGCUGA